AUGCCAUGCAUAAUAGCUCUUAUCAUAAGCUUAGACCCCGUCGUGCCCCACUUUACAGGCAAAAAGUCAUGGAAUGUCUACAAUAAAGCCAAUAUCGAAACUGUUCGGCGCGAUGAGGCAGCUGCGAAAGCCGCAGAGGAGGCGGAAGAAGAGCGUAUGCAAGCUCUUGAUGCCGAGCGAAAUAUGCAGAUCUUGCGUGGCGAAACACCUACUCCACUUCCUGAACCAGUUUCAUCCUCCACAGAAAAAAAGUAUGGUCGAGAUAGGUCUGAACAGCGCCCGCAUGGAAGAAAACUUCGUAAGAAAGCAGGUGAAAAUGAUACAGACUUUGAGAUUAGAUUGGCGCGAGAACAUGUUUCUGGCGAAGAUGCACAGCUUGUCCAACGCCGUUCCCGCACUUCAGGAGCUGAAGUCCAAUCAAAUGACUCAAAAGUAUCAGAAGAUUUAGUGUCGAAAGGUCAUUCGACGCAUGUCAGGGCUGGAAAGAAUCCAGAGGCAGAGAGAGAGGCAGCAAGGAAGAAAAGAGAGUAUGAGGAUCAAUACACAAUGCGAUUUUCAAACGCAGCAGGACUUAAGAUUGAUCCAAACCAAGCUCCAUGGUACUCAAGAAGUGGGGAUAUUGAAAAGCAUUCUGACCAAGCGAAAUCAAUGGAUUUAUGGGGAAAUGAAGAUCCAAGAAGGAAGGCUAGAGAGCUUCAGCGGACUAUAAAGGAUGAUCCUUUAGCAUUGAUGAAGGCUGGUGCUCGACAAGUACGAGAACUUCAGAGGGAUAAACGAUUGAGAAUGAAAAUUGAUAGAAAUAUCAGGGAACACAAGGAAACUAGACACCCGAGACCGGGCGAUGAGCGAAUGCGGAGGGCAAUUUCUCCAAGGAGCGACAAACAUAGGAGGUCAGGAUCGAAAGAUGUGGCAAAAGAACAUGAGAAGAUAGACGGAGUCCAUGAUAAAUUAAACAGGCAUGGAAAUAUAGAAUCACGACAACGCCACAGGCAUUCGGAGCGUUAG